UGACGGAGCUGGCGCACGAUGUAACGGGAAGGUUACAUUUCUGAGUAAAGAGGAAACUUUGUAUGGCCAUGAGGAUAUUCUGGGACCAUUUUCUGCUUCAGGACUUAUAAGGAAAAAACUCACCAUUUACUCUCACUAUUUUAAGCCAUAGAGUAUUUAAAAAAACAAACAUUUUUCGACUUUAAUGCAACAUGAGUGAAAUUAUCUGACGAAUGGAAACGCGCAUCGACCACACAGCUGUCCACUGAGGAUAGGAGGUGCUCACAAGAAAAUCCCGCCAAUGCUCACCUUUUUUCGGCACUUCAAAGGGAGUUGUUGAAAAAGCGUUUAUCCACGAGCUUCAGUAAGAAAAGAGCCAAAAAAGAAAAGGUAGCAAGCAUGGCUGAGCACGAGAGCCUGGAGUAUGGAAAAGCAGAUUUUGUGCUUUUGGACAACGUAUCUAUGGAGGAGUUUAUGGCUAACUUAAAACUCAGGUUUGAGAAGGGGAGGAUCUACUCCUACAUCGGAGAGGUGGUCGUGUCCGUUAACCCUUACCGUGCCAUGAACAUCUACGGCCGAGACACCGUGGAGCAGUAUAAAGGCCGCGAGCUGUAUGAGAGGCCGCCCCACCUGUUUGCCAUCGCUGACGCUGCUUACAAAGCCAUGAAGAGGAGGAACAAAGACACCUGUAUUGUCAUCUCAGGGGAAAGUGGAGCAGGAAAGACAGAAGCCAGCAAGUACAUCAUGCAAUACAUCGCUGCUAUCACCAAUCCCAAUCAGAGGGCUGAGGUUGAAAGGGUGAAAAACAUGCUGCUUAAAUCCAACUGUGUCUUGGAGGCCUUCGGGAACGCCAAGACCAACCGCAACGACAACUCCAGCCGCUUCGGCAAGUACAUGGACAUCAAUUUUGACUUCAAGGGAGAUCCCAUUGGAGGCCACAUCAACAACUACCUGCUGGAAAAGUCCAGAGUCAUUUUCCAACAGGAAGGAGAGAGGAGCUUUCAUUCAUACUACCAGCUGCUCAGAGGAGCUCCAGACUCCCUGUUACGCUCUCUUCACAUCCAGAAGGAUCCGACAGCUUAUAACUACAUCAAAGUCGGAGGCCAAAUUAAGUCUUCCAUCAACGACGGCGCUGACUUCAAAGCCGUAGCGGACGCCAUGAAAGUGAUCGGCUUCACCGGGGACGAGAUUCAGACUGUUUACAAGAUCCUGGCCACCAUCCUACAUCUGGGCAACAUGACGUUUGGGGUGGACGGUGACGUGACGCUGAUCGAGAACACAAAGCUGGUGUCUGUGAUCCGAGAGCUGCUGUCCACCAAAGAGGAGAACGUGGAGAAGGCGCUGCUGUACCGCACCGUGGCCACCGGCCGAGACGUCAUCGAGAAGCAGCACACGGCUCAAGAGGCCAGCUACGGACGGGACGCUCUCGCCAAGGCCAUGUACGAGCGCCUGUUCUGCUGGAUCGUGGGUCGCAUCAAUGACAUCAUCGAGGUGAGAAACUACGACGCCAGAGUCCACGGGAAGAACACUGUGAUCGGCGUGCUGGACAUCUACGGUUUUGAGAUUUUCCAGAACAACAGCUUUGAACAGUUCUGCAUCAACUACUGUAACGAGAAGCUGCAGCAGCUUUUCAUCCAGCUGGUGCUGAAGCAGGAGCAGGAAGAGUAUCAACGAGAAGGCAUCCCCUGGAAACAUAUUGAUUACUUCAAUAAUCAGAUCAUUGUGGAUCUGGUGGAGCAGCAGCAUAAGGGCAUCUUCUCUGUGCUGGAUGAAGCCUGUAUGAAUGUGGGCAAAGUCACAGAUGAGGUUUUUCUCCAGGGACUCAAUGGAAAGCUGGCCAAACAUGUCCACUACACCAGCCGCAAGCUCUCACCGACUGACAAGAGUUUGGAGUUCGACCGCGACUUUCGCAUCAGGCACUACGCGGGAGAUGUGGUGUACUCUGUGGUGGGCUUCAUAGAUAAGAACAAAGACACUCUGUUCCAGGACUUCAAGAGACUGCUGUACAACAGUUCUAACCCGGUGCUGAAGGGGAUGUGGCCUGAGGGCAAACUGAGCAUCACUGAGGUCACCAAACGUCCAUUAACUGCUGCAACGCUCUUCAAAAACUCCAUGAUCUCGUUGGUGGAGAAUCUGGCGUGCAAGGAACCAUACUAUGUCCGCUGCAUCAAGCCCAACGAUGUCAAGUCCCCUCUGCUGUUCGAGCAGGAGCGCUGCCGCCACCAGGUGGAGUACCUCGGGCUGCUGGAGAAUGUCAGAGUGCGGCGUGCCGGCUUCGCCUACAGACAGACAUACCCUCGCUUCCUACAGAGAUACAAGAUGAUCUCAGAGUUUACGUGGCCGAACCAUGACCUGCCUUCAGACAAAGACGCGGUGAAGAGGCUCCUGCAGGGUUGCGGGUUUGACCACGACGUGGCCUACGGAAAGACCAAGGUCUUCAUCCGCACGCCACGUACGCUCUUCAGCCUGGAGGAGCAGCGGGUGGAGAUGGUGCAGAGGAUCGUCCUCUUCCUGCAGAAGGUGUGGCGGGGCACCAUAGCCAGGAUGCGGUACCGGCGGAUGAGGGCGGCCCUCGUCAUCCUGCGGGCGUACCGGCGCUACAAGGUGAAAUCUUACAUCCGCGAGGUCAACCGACGCUUCAAAAAUGUCCGCUCCAUGAAGGACUACGGCCGGCACGUGAAGUGGCCGACACCCCCCAAAGUCCUUCGCAAGUUUGAAGAGGCACUCAGGAGCAUCUAUAACAGGUGGUGGGCAUGGACACUGAUCAAAGGCCUCUCUCCAGAAGAAGCCCUGCAGGUUAGGGCCAAGGUAGCCAGCCUGGAGGCCCUGAAGGGCCAGAGGGCCGACUUGGGGCUGCAGAGAGCCUGGGAAGGAAAUUACCUGAAGCGAGACAGCCCUAACACCGCUGCAUCGUUCACACUGGUGUCCAGCGAGCUGCAGCGGAAAGACAAAUUCAUGAGAGUUUUGUUCUCCUGCAACGUGCGCAAGAUCAACCGUUUCCACAAGGCGGAGGACCGGGCUGUGCUCAUCACUGACCGCCACCUGUACAAGAUGGACCCCCUGAAGCAGUAUAAACCCAUGAAGAGCAUCCCCCUCUACAACGUGACAGGAAUGAGCGUGUCCCCUGGGAAGGACCAGCUGGUUGUGUUCCACACCAAGGACAGCAGGGACCUGGUGGUGUGCCUGCAGGGCAUGGUGCCUGCCAAUGAGAGCCGCAUCGGGGAGCUGGUUGGCACCCUGCUUAGCCACUUCAAGAGUGAGAAGAGGAAGCUGCAGGUGAACAUCUCGAGUCCCAUCCAGUGCAGCAUGAGCGGCAGGAAGUGCACGGUCAUCGUGGAGCCCAAGAUCAACCAGUCACAGCCGGACUUCACCAAGAGCCGAUCUGGUUACAUCCUGGCUGUUCCUGGCAACUAAAGAACAGGCCGGCUGAUGAUGAUGAUGAUGAUGAUGAUGAUGAUGAGUCACUUCUGAUUCACUGCUUUUUCUGCAGAGCUGCUGAUAAUGUGACGACUCAGAUAGCCGCUCUGUGGGAGGAUUGUGGUAAUUAAAUCCUCCAUAUGCAAAGCCAUGCCAAAUUUGACCUGUUUUAUAGAUUUCUAUGCAAUGUUACUAUGAAACAGGAAGUGUACAAAACGCCUACAUGCAAAAUAUAUAGUUGUUAAAAAAAGGUUUAAUAAAAUGCACUACAGGAUAAUCCACCAAAGUGGUGUUUUGAAAUCCAAAUUUCAGAUGAUUUGCUUUGUGCAAUAUUUACUUUAUGAUAGAUGGAAUAUUGUAGAAGUCAAGGUGAGAAGAGAUUAUGUGGCUGCGACUGUUCUCGGAACCACGGAUGUUGCGUAAUAGGGGGGGAAAAAAAGGCUUUGCAUGAUUUUUUAAUCCGUGCAGCUCCCUGUGUAGGACCAAAACCAGACAAAUGAAGUAAGAAUAUAUUCAUGUAAGAUCUGUUCUAAAAACAGAAGAAAACAUUAGUUGUGUUGUGUUUCAAAGGGAUUAUAAUGUUAAUGACCUUAUCUACGGGGUAAAUGAAAGGAAAUACAGCGUCCACUUUUAGUUUGUUAAAUGUUUACAAUCACACAUAAAACAGCGAGAUGUGAUUCAGUGGUUCAGUCAGUGUCUGAGACACAAACUCCAAAUUCAUUGUUAGUUCGUUAGUCACAGGAUGUGUUGAGCACAUCCAGAACAUCGCAACCUGCUCCAUGCAAAGUGUUAAAAAUAUAUUAAUUUAAAUCUGCUUCUUAUACUCUCUACUGCCAUGUCUUAUACUCUAAUACUGCUUCUAUAUUAAAGGUUAGGAUAUACUUUAUGUGACAGCACUUAUACUGCAUUUAGUAUAAAAAGAGAUGCUUGAAGGAAAUUAUGAUAACCCCAAAAUUGCUUUUUUCCUAGAGGUAUUCUGAGUUCAUAUUCUCCUAAAAAAGACUGUAGUGUAACCCUCUGAACCCCACUCGGUUAUUGUAGAAAAACAGGCAUUAUUGUAAAAAAAAAUUCAAUUUUUUUUCGAAGCUUAAAGUAGUGCUAUUUCUGUCAGAAUCUCUUUAUUCUCCAAAAAGUGUUUGCACUAAUCAGAUCCUGUUAAAAAUAAUAAUAAUAAUAAAUAAUGAAUAAAUUCUGCUCCUCAGAGACACUGUGAAGACAUGAUUGAAUCUGCUGAGCCCAACGGUCACGUGACAAAUAUUCACUGAAAAGAGGUUUACACAGAGCAGAGAGGAGAGGACAGGAGAGUCUGGAAACAUGACAAUACUUCAAUAUGUGGAGACCCAAUUUAUUUUUUCAAAUUUUCAUGACACAUGUGGGCACUUGGAAAAGUGUUUAUAUAUAAAUUCCAUUUUAUUCCAUUUUAAAAAAAUAAUUAAUCAGAAAUGUAAGCAUUUAUUUCUUUUUUUAUGAUUUCUUUCAUGAUUACUGUGUUAUUUUUCUCAAAAGUCAAGUUUGAUUUGUUCCCACUUCUAGCUAUGAUUGUGCUGAUUCCAUAGAGAUGCAGGACUUUUAGAUGUAUAUAUUGCAGUGAAAUAUAAAGCCACAGUGACCAAGUAAAAUGUAAAAAGAACUAAAAAAACAGCUUGUUGGGGUUCAGAGGGUUAACAGCGGAGUUGCUGGCCAGUACUGUAAACUCCUAUGUGAACUCCAGCCCCUGAACAUCGUCUCAUUUGCUGUCUUUGUGUGGAGUGAAUAGCCUAAUGACUUGUAGUGGUCCUUAGUCCUGUGGAAUAGGCUCCCAUUUGACAAAUAUCCCCUUCAUCAGAGAGAAAGAGAGUGUGAGUGCGGCUGUGUGUGUGUGUGUAUGGGUGUGUAUGUGUGUGUGAUUAGCUCUUUUUAGCUCUCCUCGUCUUGGCUCUGAGACUGAGAGGCUGGCUGCCAGCCACAGUGAGGGAGUGAAGACAGAGGGCUGUGAAGUCUGGAAUCAGACUGCUGUCCUAGUUUACCUCCCUGUUUAAUGAUGGGGACGACUUCUUCUGGUCACUGUACGGAGACUUGAUUUUCAUCUGCUCUCGUUAAACCUCCCUCCUCACUGUUCUCGAGCCAAAUCACACCAGUCCAAUCAUCAGCACUCAGGCACUCAGAGAGCCUUUGUCCUUUCCCUCACAAGCUGCUGGAAGUUUCACUGUUUUCAUCCUCUGCUAAGUGUUCGCACAUUACAAUAUGUUCUCUUCCGGCCAUUGCAAAAAGGAAAAGCGAAGUGUGGCAGCACAGAAGCUUGUGAGAUGGAAUCGUCUGUUUAAUAUUUAUAUCCAUCCACAGAUUGAGCACAUAGUGUGUAAAGAUCUGUUUAUACCUGAUUAUUCUGAGGUUAAAAGUUAAUUUUUGCACGUUGGAAAUACAUUAAAACCUGCAUUUUUCUAAUUGGCCAGCAGGGGGCGACUCCACUGGUUGCAAAAAGAAGUCUCAUAUAGAAGUCUAUGAGAAAAUGACCCUACUUCUCACUUGAUUUAUGACCUCAGUAAACAUUUAGCUUGUCAGUCACUAGCUUCAAGUCUUCUUCAAUACAGCAUGAUGUUCAUUUUGUGAGUUUUGGUCCCAUUAAGAGUAAAAUAGACGAUAAACCUGUUAAUCACAAUAGAGGUGUAGCAACUUGUAUCCAUAGCACUGUUUACAUUUAAAGAACCGCAAACUUGUUUUUGUUCAUGUUUUCAGUUCAUCAAACUAUGCUAAACGAGGAGUUGAAUAAUAAUUUAUUCUGAUAAGUCAAUUUUGUUUGAAGACUGUUUUUUGCUUUUACAUCUAUCACAGUUAAUGUUUACAGGAGCAUCUUGCUAUCCAAGCGAGCUAUCUAGUGUCAGUUAGCUGGUGACUUAGCAUUCUCUAUGCAGAAUCUGGCCACGCUGGCCUGGUUACCACCUUCUCUUCCAAAUAUGGUCACCUCCGGCUCCAAAAAACUAAGAAGACAACAGCCAAAAUGUCAAACUCAAGGCUUUGAAAUGGUUACCUUGCACGGCAGCUGGAUUCUCGCAGUAUUUCAAGAAAUCAAGAAUCCAAAACUGUUGAGCAUCACAAUAACGACACAUAAAUAGAUAUUGAAGCACACUUGGUUCUUCUCCCUUUGAUGCGUGCAGAUCCUCAUGAACCAGAUGAUCGCUAACCGCAGAUCAGACAAAAUAGCACCUACAGAGAGAAAGUGAUUCAAUACAUUGUUGCUUUAUUCAAAUUGCAAGUUGCAAUGUUCACAACAUGUUUAUCGCACAGGUUGAGAUAACAAUGAGCAUAAAGAAAUUAUAUAUUGUGCAACCCUGAUUGAAAGCUCCAGAACAGCUAUUAAAUGUGGUGAGAUGCUUUUCUCAGCUGCUUUUUCCAAUGGGAAGAAACAACUUUCACUGUCUACAAUUCAACGAAAGCUGGGGAAACUCAGCUGAUGUGGUCAAAACAGAGAACAUCCUUAUUGUUGAAUAUGGAUUGUGAAAGUUUUUCUCCACCUGGCAGGUAUUGAGCUAUUCCUGCUGGAUAACAGGGUGCAUGAUGAGUAAAUUUCACAAAGUCAGAGCGGUAUCACCUCUGUGUCUGCAGAGACUCGACUGUAUUGUCUCAGAGUAAAGCUUCCUUAAAGAACAGUGACUGUGGGCUGAGCAGCAGCAGCUUAGGGUUAUGAAUGGGAGCUCCCUCUGUGUCUGGCCUAGUUGAAGAAGCAGAGGCGCUCUCGUCGAGUUUACUUCACCAAGAAGGGGGAGAAAAAAAAACGUAUUAGCAAUCACCGCGGUCGCACGGCGCUCUAAUUGUGCCCGAGUGUUGUCUGAACGGGUCGUUUAUCUUAAUUAGUUUGCGAGUGCCCCCUCGUCUUCUGAAGAAGCAAACUCUACCUCGCAGCUCUGUGGUGCAGGAACCUCGAUAAGACGCUUUGAUGCAGGCGACAGUUGUUUGGGGAAACUUGUGCGUUCAUAGUGUGGAUUAAGAGAGUGACAUUGGUAGCAUUAAUAGAUGGUUUUCUAUGGAGCUCAGGCGCUGGGGCAGCCUGUGUGAGUGUGUGUGUGUGUGUGUGUGUGUGUGUGUGUGUGUGUGUGUGUGGACUUUAACUCUGCAGCUCUCCAUAUCCUACAGCAUGGUAAUCUCCCACAGGGCUUCUCCUCUCCUCUCCUCCUCUCUGCUCUGCUAUUCACUGCUCAUCAUUAGGAUGGAGUCCGUGUCACUCCUCACUUCAGCGCUUCUCUCUCUGCUUUCUUAGGGCUAAAGGGGGGGUUGGAGAACAAAGCCUCGCUUGGCCUCUUCUUCUCCUCCUCUACUCCCUUCCCUCCCCUCCCUCCCUCCCUCCUUUUCCACUUUCCUUCCUCUGUCAAAUCACUUCUCUCCUCUCCCAGUUGCGCUGACUGUACCGUCCUGCAGGGCAGUGAAGGUUUUUCCUAUUUUUUGUUUUGUUUUGUUUCUUCCAUCUUUCCAUCCUGUGCCCAGGAGGCAAGGAAAUAAAAAGACAAAACUACACCAGCAACAAAACAAGUCGAACAAUAGGAGUAUCAUGCAGCGGCGAGAAGCAAAAAACUUAGACAUAACUGAGUAUAUGAACCUGAAAUUAAAAUACAGUGGUUCAAGGAUAAAUAUAGUCAUUUUAUAUCUUUAUUAUUGUCAACAAAUCCCAAUAAAAGACCAAAAUUAUCUGUCUCUGACCUGGCUGUGGCACUCAGUGGUUCCUACUGAAGGCAUACAUCUUUAAAAACGGCUCACAAAUUUAAUGAUGUGAUUUCCUGGAACGUGGCAUUGUGGUUUUUAAUCUAGGUAAAUAUGGUAUUUGUCUGGGACUAUUUGCAGCAGCAGAUUAAUACACAUUCAGUGUGACAAAAUAACAAAGUGUUCAUGGUAAUGAGUUUGAUGACGCACGAGGUAAAAGGUAUUUCAGGCUUUAAUACACACAAUAUUUCAGUGUUGGGAUAUGGAAUAUCAUCAGAUUUAUUGUUUAAUGAUUUUGUUUUUGAUGUUCAGACCCAAUCAGCAAAGAUUACUUUUCCAUUGUAUUGAUUAUCAGCUUUACUGCAGGUUUGAAAAUCACUAAUAACGCUUUAUAAAUGGGCAUAAAGGAGCGUCAGAUAUGAAUGUUGACAGCAGGAGACGUGUGCCAUUGUGUUCUCCCCUGCUGCUCUCUGUGAUGGGAUCUCUUUUCUAGUUUUCAAUGUUUUUCUUUCACAUUUGUCACAAGACUCUAUUAUCAAACCCAUCCAUGUUUAGCCAAAGGGUAAGACAUUCCAUUUUCGUUUCCAUAAUUUAUUCCAUUCUGUCUGUAUGUAUACACCAUUCACUCAGUAUGUGCCUAAUUUUAUAUUUUGCAUAUUUGUUAUUAGAUACCAUAAAUAUUCUGUAAUAUCCAGACCAAGUCCAAAGGGGACUUCACCUUUGUAAUGCUUUUUUUUUUUUUUUGCAUAUGUAUUCUGCAAUAAUGCAGAUAAAGCAUUCCAGGAUAAUGAAAAGUAUUUCAUUAAUCAUGUUAUUAAUAAAUUUAUUUGCAUCAGUA